AGCCCAGCCCAACCCACGAGCCCGCGGCCGCCCCGACUCCGGAAGGAUUCGGCCGAGCGGCCGGAUGUGACGCCGCGGCCCAGGCGCUCGGGAGGCCGCGGAGAAAGCGACGAGAAGACGGGCCCGGCCCGAGGUCUGGCAGCCAGCAACAGAGCCGGGCGCCCACGGCCCGAGCGCCCACGGCAGCACCAUGCCUGCGCUCCUGGAGCGCCCCAAGCUUUCCAACGCCAUGGCCAGGGCGUUGCACCGGCACAUCAUGAUGGAGCGGGAGCGCAAGCGGCAGGAGGAGGAAGAGGUGGACAAGAUGAUGGAACAGAAGAUGAAGGAAGAGCAGGAGAGAAGGAAGAAAAAGGAGAUGGAAGAGAGAAUGUCACUAGAGGAAACCAAGGAACAAGUAAGCAGUCUCUUCAUCUCUCCUAGCUCUUUCUUCGCUUGGCUCUCCUGCCUUCACCUUCUCUCCCCUCCCCAGAUCCUGAAGUUGCAGGAGAAGCUUUUAGCCCUACAGGAAGAGAAACAUCAGCUUUUCCUGCAGCUCAAGAAAGUUUUACAUGAGGAAGAAAAACGGAGGCGGAAAGAGCAGAGUGACCUGACCACUCUGACAUCAGCGGCAUACCAGCAAGGCCUGACCGUUCACACUGGAACUCAUCUCCUCAGCAUGCAGGGGAGCCCUGGAGGACACAAUCGUCCAGGCACCCUCAUGGCAGCAGACAGAGCCAAACAGAUGUUUGGACCCCAAGUGCUUACGACCCGGCACUACGUGGGCUCAGCAGCUGCUUUCGCAGGGACCCCAGAGCAUGGGCAAUUCCAGGGCAGCCCGGGCGGCGCCUAUGGGACUGCUCAGCCCCCACCUCACUAUGGACCCACACAGCCUGCCUACAGUCCUAGUCAGCAGCUCAGAGCACCUUCCGCAUUUCCUGCAGUACAGUACCUGUCUCAGCCGCAGCCUCAGCCCUAUGCCGUGCACAGCCACUUUCAGCCCACCCAGACAGGGUUCCUCCAGCCUGGUGGUGCCCUGUCCUUGCAAAAACAAAUGGAACACGCUAACCAACAGACAGGCUUCUCUGACUCAUCCUCCCUGCGCCCCAUGCAUCCCCAAGCUCUGCAUCCAGCCCCUGGACUCCUGGCCUCACCCCAGCUCCCUGUGCAGAUGCAACCAGCAGGAAAGUCGGGCUUUGCAACCACCAGCCAGCCUGGCCCUCGGCUCCCCUUCAUCCAGCACAGCCAGAACCCGCGAUUCUACCACAAGUGACCCAUCAGAUUUGAUCUUCAACCUUGCCCUCAGCCCCUGCCGUGGGGGAGGAUCCCCAGUGUGUCCUAGUCCCAAGGCCAAUAAAAUCUACCUGCCACUGA